UGCCUUCAUCUCUGCCAAUUCUCCCACUCCUCUCACUCUCCAUUUCCUCCCUUCCUCAUUUCCUUCCAUCCACAUUCUGCUCAUUGUGAGUUCACAGCUAAUUUCACACGCAUUGAGCAGAAGAGAUCUGUGGAUUCAAUUUCCACUUUUAAUUUAUUUUAAUUAGUGAUUUUGUGGUAAACAGAAGAUUUGUCAAAUGGAGAAGCUCUGUUUUUCAAUAGCUCCUCUGUUUCUGAUUGUUGGUUUUCUGGCGCCGCUGGCAUUGGCCGGCGGCCACAACUACGGCGACGCUCUGAGCAAGAGCAUCCUCUUCUUCGAGGCGCAGAGAUCUGGUUACUUGCCUGGAAACCAGAGAGUGCGGUGGAGGGGGAAUUCCGGCCUCAAUGACGGCAAAACUAGCGGGGUGGAUCUGGUUGGAGGGUACUACGACGCAGGGGAUAACGUGAAAUUCGGGCUGCCGAUGGCGUUCACCAUCACUAUGAUGUCGUGGAGCAUCCUCGAAUACGGGAAGCAAAUGGCUGCUAGCGGUGAGCUAGGGCACGCCAUUGAUGCUGUGAAGUGGGGAACUGAUUAUCUCAUCAAAGCUCACCCCCAGCCCGAUGUGCUCUACGGCGAGGUGGGAGAUGGAAACACAGAUCACUACUGCUGGCAGAGGCCGGAGGAUAUGACGACGUCGCGAGCUGCUUACAGAAUCGACCCCAGCCGACCUGGAUCGGACCUCGCCGGAGAGACCGCCGCCGCCAUGGCUGCUGCCUCGAUGGUGUUCCGCCGCUACAACUCCGCCUACUCCGCUGAGCUGCUCAAACACGCUUCACAGCUCUUCGAUUUCGCGGACAAGUACAGGGGCAAAUACGACAGUAGCAUCACCAUCGCGCAGAAGUACUACCGUUCCGUCAGUGGAUACGCUGAUGAACUGUUGUGGGGAGCUGCAUGGAUGUACAAGGCCACAAACAAUGCUUACUACUUGAAUUACCUUGGGAAGAAUGGUGAUGCCCUUGGAGGAACUGGGUGGGCCAUGACUGAAUUCGGGUGGGAUGUUAAGUACGCUGGUGUACAGACCCUUGUUGCUAAGUUCUUGAUGUCAGGGAGAGGUGGGGGAAACACUGCUGUGUUUGAAAAGUAUCAGGAGAAGGCGGAGUUCUUCAUGUGUUCGUGUUUGGGUAAGGGCAACCGCAAUGCUCAGAAGACUCCGGGAGGCCUCAUUUUCAGACAGAGAUGGAACAAUAUGCAGUUUGUGACGAGUGCUUCAUUCCUCAUGACUGUCUACUCCGAUUACCUUACAUCUGCUGGCAAGUCCCUUAGGUGUGCAAGCGGAAACGUCUCGCCUUCUCAGCUACUUUCCUUCGCCAAAUCUCAGGUGGACUACAUCCUUGGAGACAACCCACGUGCCACGAGCUACAUGGUUGGAUAUGGCAACAACUACCCGAGACAAGUGCACCACAGGGCUUCGUCUAUUGUGUCGUACAAGGUGGAUCCUACGUUUGUUACCUGCAGGGGAGGCUAUGCAACCUGGUACAACAGGAAGGCUAAUGAUCCCAAUCUUCUUACUGGCGCCAUUGUCGGAGGUCCUGAUGCUUAUGACAAUUUUGCUGAUCAGAGAGACAACUAUGAGCAAACCGAGCCUGCAACUUACAACAAUGCUCCACUCCUCGGCAUUCUGGCCAGGCUUCAUGCCGGUCACAGCGGCUAUAACCAGCUCCUACCUGUGGAGCUUCCUACUCUUAAGCCGAUUGCUGCUCACCCAACUCCAUCCACGAAGCCUGUGGUGAAACGCACUCCAGUUUCAUCUCCCAGUUUGGUUGCCAUUACUCAGAAGGUUACAGCUUCAUGGGUGUCCAGGGGAAAAACCUACUACAGAUACUCCACAAUUGUUACCAACAAAUCUUCCAAGAAUUUGAAGAAUUUGAAGCUCUACAUUUCCAAACUCUAUGGUCCUGUAUGGGGCCUCACAAAGUCUGGUGAUUCUUACUCAUUCCCGUCUUGGGUGAACACGCUGGCUGCUGGCAAAAGCAUCGAGUUUGUGUAUAUCCACUCGGCUUCCCAGGCAGUGGUCUCAGUAUCAAGCUAUACUCUUGCUUAAGAAGCAUGCACAUCAAUCACAGUCCUCUCUGGUUUUUUAUCGGGUUGUGAUCAAGAAUUGUGCAGCUAUACACAACAGGAACCUCUCUUCCGUGUUGAAGUUUAUUUUGAAGUUUGAGUUUUCUCUCUGUUGAUUCGUGAGCUGAGAAUAGGAGUUGCUGAAGAUGAAGUUAUAGGGUAAAUAAGGUUUAAGAAAUGGAUGAAGAAAGGAGUGAAGAGACAAUUUCAAACAAGUGCUCAUCCUCUUUCUUCUCCUCUUCACCAGUCACAGGAUAGAUUGAGAGAGUGAGAUGAGAAGUUAAUUUAAAAUGUCCAAAACAAGUCAAAAUCUUUUUUGCUUAUUUGUUCCUUCAUAGCAGGUUUGAUUUCCCAUUGUGUUUGUGUCUUUUGUGUUUGAUGUUGUAAACUUUACAACAUUUCUUGUCUGUCUUCUAUAUCAAUUUAGUUUGCACAAUGAUUAUGUAUUUGCAAUCUGCUAAGGCAAUUUAUUAUUUCUUGUCA